AUGCUCCGCUCCGCCCUCUUCGCGGCCGUCAGCGCCCUCAGCCUGUCGCUGACGUCGGCCCUCGAGACGUUCGACCGCAAGCUCAUCUUCCAGCCGCCCUCGAACUACACCGACCCCCGCGUCCUCUACCCGCGCACCGUCCAGCUCACCGACGGUCGCCUCCUCGCCACCUGGGAGAACUACUCACCCGAGCCGCCCCUGGUGUGGCACCCUAUCUACGAGUCCACCGAUGGCGGUCUGUCGUGGGGCGAGGUCGGGCGCGUCACCGACCAGGUCAACGGCUGGGGCUUGCGCUACCAGCCCUUCCUGUACGAGCUGCGCCAAGACUUUGGCGGCUUCCCCGCCGGCACCGUCCUCGCGGCGUCCAACAGCAUCCCCACCGACCUCAGCCAGACGCGCAUCGACGUGUAUGCCUCGCUCGACAAGGGCCGCACCUGGGAGUUCGUCUCGCACGUUGCCUCUGGCGGUCGCGCCAUUCCCAACAACGAGGAGACGCCCGUCUGGGAGCCCAUGAUUAUCAUCUACGAGGACGAGCUCAUCCUCUACUACGCCGACCAGCGCUCGGCCGAGCACGGCCAGGAGAUCUCGCACCAGACGACCAAGGACCUCCGCACCUGGUCCGACGUUGUCAUCGACAUCUCAGAGCCCCGCUACACGGACCGCCCCGGCAUGCCGUACGUCACCAAGCUGCCCAAGGGCGACUACAUCUACGCGUACGAGUGGGGCGGCGCCGAUAUCCUGACGCCCUACACGUUCCCGCUCUACUACCGCAUCGCCGCGGACCCGCGCCGUUUCGCCGACGCCGAGCCGCUCUACAUCAACGCGACAAACCGCAACCCCGUCCCCGGCGGCGCCUUUCCCAUCAGCAGCCCAGUCGUCGUCUGGUCGCCCGUCGGCGGCUGCCACGGGUCCAUCAUUGUCAGCAGCGGCAGCAAGGACCUGUACAUCAACACCGAGGGCGGCGCGCCCGACGCCUGGCUCGCGUACACGGUGCCCGAGGAUGCGGCGUACACGAGGCACAUUCGCGUCAUGGAGGAGGACCCCGACUUCCUGCUCAUCAUGGGCGCCGGCAAGCUGCCGCCGAGCACCACCAACAAGGUGACUGUCAGCAUGGUGAAGAUCUCGGACUUGUUGAAGCAGACGAAGGCGUGA